CGUUGCUGUAGUUUAACGCGAGUACUGGGAAUCCAAACGAACUCCGCGAGUACAGGAUUCUCUGUUAACGAAUUGAUAGAAGCUGCAAACAGGGUGCUAAGGGAAACGGUUAUGCUCCUAAAUCUCGCCUACACCAACUCCCAUUCUCCGUCGCCGGCCAACUGUUACGAUCACCGUCCCCGUUCCUUAAAUUCUCUCCUAAUUACAUUUACCCGCCAUUAAUUCUCCUAAACCCACUCUCACUGCGCAUCUCUCUCCUCUAAUUCUCCCCCGGAGUCCUUUUUUUUUCUUCCUUUCCUCUUAUAGCUGGCCUUGAAGAUCCUUCGCUCUUGUUUAUGGCGGAAUCUUUGAAACAUAGUUAGGGUUUGUGGAAUGGGAGGUGGAUUUGUUUCUGAAUGCGAGCAAUGGUAGCUGCCGUAUCAACGACGCUAAACCCCAAGGAUGCCGCCCAGAAAGGGCCUCAUCUUCAUCCUACGCGACAGAAUUCGACGAGAAUUCCUCUAUUUCCGUCCGAGUCCGACAAUGCAAUCGAUCCGCGCAAGCCGAAAGCUCGGGAAGUCACUUCUCGAUUCAUGCCCUCCUCGAACUCCUCUUCCUCGGUCUCGGUUACGAAACGGUCUCCUUCUCCUUCAGUCUCUAGAACUUCCGGUUUAGCCGCUACGCCGGCUCAGAGUGGUCCGUCGCUCAACAAGCGUUCGGUAUCGGUGGACCGAAGAAGAGUUGCGGCUCCUAGUCCUAGGCCUCAUUCUCUGGAUUUCAGGACUGGGAAUGAUAAUUGUGGCCUGGGCGAUGUGCCUGUCUCUCAGAAGUUAUUGCUUACUUCUACGAGGAGUUUAUCUGUUUCAUUCCAGGGCGAGUCCUUCUCUCUGCAAGUUUGUAAGGCGAAGGCGGCUCCUUCACCAGGUGUGAGAAAGGGUACGCCUGAACGGAGGAAGUCGACGACGCCAGCGAGAGGCGGCGGUGUUGGGGACAAAACAGAGAACUCGAAGCUUGUUAUGGAUCAGCAUAGAUGGCCCAGUAGGUUGAGGCAGGCUAAUUUUAUGAGCAGGAGUUUGGAUUGUGAGGACAUAGCCGAGAGGAAGAGGAUUAGUGGUGGAUCUGCGAAUGUGGUUAGGCAGUUGCAGAAUUCGAUGGCUCAGGGGAGAGCUUCCUUUGAUGGAGUUUUGAGCUCAGAUUCUGUAAAUGGAGGACUGGAGAAGGCGGCCGAACAUGUUGUCGACGGAAAUUCAGCAAUUGUAUCUGAUAAUUCCAAUACAGUGUCCUCUGAUUCUGAUAGCGUCUCUUCAGGUAGCAAUUCUGGAGCUCAAGAGUAUAGUCCUGGCGAAGGACAGGGGCAGCGGGGACCUCGCGGGAUUGUAGUGCCGGCCAGAUUUUGGCAGGAGACAAACAACCGGUUGCGGCGCGAAAAUGGUUCGCCACUGUCCAAAAAUGUCGGGGUAAGAACGUUAGCUCCUUCCAAGGUUACCGCGCCAAAGAAGUUUGCAAUUGAUAGUCCCACAUCAUCUCCACGCGAAGUUGCCAAUAGCAGAGGACAAUUAUCUCCCAUUUGCGGUUCCCUUAUGCCUGUGUCACCAAGUAGGCUUUUAGCAUCAUCCACAGCACCCCGGGUGAGGAAUGCUGUGGGAAGUACACCUCUUAACAGUUUGAGCAACAUGCCAUUAUCAAUGACAAGUUUUGUUGCUGAUGCUCGGAGGGGGAAGAUUGCGGAGAACCGGAUAGUAGAUGCACAUUUAUUGAGGCUCUUACAUAACCGGCUCUUGCAAUGGCGUUUUGUAAACGCCCGAGCAGAUGCUGCCCAAUCCGGCCUCAGGUUGAACGCAGAGAGAAGCCUGUAUAACGCAUGGCUGAGUAGCUCAAAGCUUCGUGAAUCUGUUAGAACAAAGAGAUCGGAGUUGCAGUCAUUGAAGCAAAAACUAAUUUUAACGUCCAUCCUCAGCUGGCAAAUGUCGCAUUUGGAAGAGUGGGAUCGACUGGAUCAAGACUUCUUCAACUCUCUAUCAGGUGUUACUGAAGCUUUGAGGGCGAGUACCCUUCGCCUACCAGUUGUUGGAGCAGCAAAGGCGGAAGUCCAAGGUAUUAAGGAUGCAAUUUCUUCAGCCGUUGAUGUGCUGCAGACAAUGGCAUCAUCAAUUUGCUUUCUAUUAUCAAAGGUUGGGAAAGUAAACUCUCUUGUUAGCGAGCUGUCAAAUGUGAGUGCAAAGGAGUGUGCUUUGCUUGAGCGGGUCAAAUAUCUCUUGUCUUCAAUUGCUGUACUACAGGUGAAAGAGUGUAGCUUGCGAACUCAAAUUUUACAGCAGAGAUACGUACCUUCAAUCUGACAACUUACAUGUACAAGCUGUUGACUGUUGACUAUCUGAAAGCUAACAUUAUAGCAGAAGAUCAAAAUCUUUCUUUUUUUCCGGAGGCAAUAAGGACAUUCUGGAUGGUUGUGGCUUUCUGAAGCGGAAGAGUGUCCAAAUAUUUGGCUUUUGUUUAUUUACAGGAAGAUUGUAAGUAUUGUGUUUUUGCGUGUAUAGGUAGCAGCAGGGAUUGUCCUUGAUGUCAAAUUAGUUUGUGUACAGGUCCAUUCAUUACAGACCAGAGGUUUUCAUUUAUAAAAUAUGGCAUUGGUGUGUUUUUCCGUGC